AUGUCUACCCACGUCCACUUGAACCCCACCCGCCUCUCGAUCCUCCUGAUCCCUCGCAGCCGCUACUGGGUGUUCACCAGCCCCAUUCUCCAGCUCCUCUAUAACGAGCUGUCCAAGACUGAAGACCACAACGACUCCGACAACGACUCCGACGACUCCGACGAUGAUGCUGCCAGCUCCAGCGAUUCCUUGUCCCGCUCUUCUACGUUGAGUCCGUCGACAAACUCCUCGUCCAACUCACAUCCCACUUUCUCGUCCACUUCUGACAAGAACGGCAUGGCAAAGGCCGUGGACAACUCGAGCAAGACGCUCUCCAAUGACGACUACGACCAUGCCUCGUCCUCUGCUGCUGUGUUGUCGCACAGCCGUCACAACAGCCAGGCCAGUGCCUCGCUAUCCGACACAGAAGACACCGAAAACGAUGACUACUUCUUCCACAUCGCCUUCACCCCGUCCGAAUGCACCGUCAUAUGCUCCAGCUCCCUCAUGGACUCGCUUUUUAGCGAGCCAAUCCUGUUCUGCCACCAACUCGGUCUUGGUGUCGAAUUGCUCGAGGAAAACUUCUUGAGCCUCCAGGUGGACACAGAUAGUGGCUUCGAUACCGACCUGAUUUUGGAGCUCACCAAGCCGCUUUCGGAAAACCAGAUCUCGCUAUUCUUCUUGUCGAGCCACUUCAACGACAUAGUUCUUGUCCCCUACUCGUUCCGAGAAAAAGUCAUCCAUAUCUUGACCAAAAGCAACUUCACAUUUACUAACGCCAACAGCUUCGUUGGCGGCUUCGACGACACCCCCAAACCGGAAGUCGUGGAGUCGCCGGACCUCGAGACUGCCACUUUCAGGUUAUUCGAAAAUGCCAACAUUAAACCGGUCAUCAACCAAGACGUCAAAUUGCUUCUCACCGGUGCCAGAUCAGGAGAAGUCAAUGCCACCAUUUUGAAGGCAGCAAAGGUGCUCACAUCGACCGAGUUCAUUCCCAGCUACUUCGCCAUCACCAGAACAUCAAUCAACGAAGUGUCUUUGAUCCUCCCAAAAUCAUCCAAAAAGCGAUCCCGCAUGGGGUUCGACUCAAAAAGCAUCAUAGGAUCUGCACAAGAUAUAAUAAUACCCAUAACCAUUGAUUUUCAAAAGCUCCCCCUAGAUUCCACGGGAAUCGUUGCGGGUGUGGCCAGCAGGUUGAUCAACGGCUUUACCCAGUAUAAGGAUGAAGACUACGUGUUUGAGAUGAAUUAUUUAUCUAUGGCCAAGCUGGGAAUCAUCAUGAUACCCGAGGAGAAUGUAAAAAUCAUCGGAACAAUGUUGAAGUGA